AUGGCAGCUGCGUCUAGUAAUGCAAUUGUUCCUCAAAUCCUCAACGGAGAACACGAUUAUAAGGAUUGGAGUGUUCGCGUCAAAACCUAUCUGCUCUCUAAAGAUCUUUGGGACGUUGUUGAAACAACCAGUAAACCCAAGUUUAAGGCUUGGAGGAAGAAUAAUGCCGAAGCUUUGCAUGCAAUCCAACUUUCUUGUGGGCCCGGUACUUUUACUUAUAUCCGUGAUAAAACCACCGCCAAAGCUGCUUGGGAUACUUUGAAAGCACAGUUCAACCGAGAAAAAAGCAACUUAUUGAGCAUGACAGAGUACAACCGAGAAGAAAUCUCAGGUAUCUAUCAUCAAAAUCAAAGAAUUAAUGUAUAUGAAAGGUUCUCUUGCUUUCUUUGUGUGUAAGGAAUGCAUAAUCGCUCAUUAUUGAUCAAUUAUCAAGGGUGGAACCAUGAUGAAUAAAUGGACGUGCUUGCAAGGCUUUAUCUCAAACCUUGAUAUCAAAAUCAAGGGGUAGUGACUAUCAACUCUUGAUGAUUAGUUGACCAAGAGAAUGAGACUUAACCUGUUUAUCAAUAUAUUGUGCAUUAUUUUCUUUUAUCUUUCUAUUUAAAAUUAAAAGUAAUUUUUUCUUCCCUAUAAUCCCUGUUUCACAUUAAGGUUUUAAUCUCAAAACUAUAUCAAAUCCAAAGAUUAGAGAUUGUUGGGUGUGUUGCGUAUCGAGUUAAAA